AUGCUGUAUAGGAUUAUUGAAAAGGUCUAUAAAUAAAUUCCAUUGAAGUAUCAACAGAGACUAAAAGAUAUAGAAUUUGAAAACUUAUAGAGCAUGAGAAUUGAAUUUACUAAUGGUCUAGUGCAAAAAACAUACAAUUACGAGAUUUUGUCAAACAAAAUACAAUUAAUCCAAGCAUCUACAGUAAUCAAAGAAUUAGUUAGAAUUUUGCUCAAAAUGGAAACUCUCCCUAUUUUUCCUUUAAUUUAUUUUCUUUCUUUACAAGAAUUAUUCUGGUCUGAAUUCUUUAUUAUAUUAUACACGAUGAUGUGUUUAAUUAUGGAUAUGGCUUUCUCAUACUUAAUACUAUUUUCCAAUUUAAAAUAAAGAUGGAAAUUUGAAGAGAAUAUCAAUAAACAGUAAUGUCGAGUCUUAGCAGAUAUAGAUUAAUUGUUGUAAACUUAAAAUAAAACUCCUUCAAAGAAAAUCGAAUGGUAGCAAUUAAAAUUAGGUCAAAUCGUUUGUCUUUAGAAGGGAGAAAAGAGUCCAGCAGAUGUCUUAAUUUUAGAAUCAAGUUAGGAAUAAGUAUUAGUGGAUUUUAAGUAUAAAUAUCCUUGCCCUUGCACUUUUGUUAAUUAAGCUUCUAAAACAAAAGGAAUCAUGACUAAAUUCUUAAUAAAUUUGAGUGGAUGGAUCUAAUUUUAAAGCUCUAAACAAGGAACUAUUAAAUUGAAAAACGAUCCAAAGACCACUUAAUUUACAGAUGUAAAUAUUAUUAACAGAGGCCAAAUAUUGAAUCAAACAGAUUGGAUAUUUGGGAUAGCCAUAUAGGUUGGACACGGAUGCUUUUAAUAAAGAGAUCGAUAUUAUAAUUGGAACCAUUAUAAUUAGAAUAGUUUUUAUAUAUUUUUGAUAGAUGUUAUAAUUUUCUUUGUCCUUUUAAUACCAAAGCUAAUUAGUUAACAAUAGUAUGAAUUCCCAACUUAUCAAAAUUCUAUUAUAAUGUGUCUGUUACUUUUACCUUAAAAUUACUUUAUCAUCAAUUAAAUAUGGUUACUUAUUCACUAAUUCAAUCUAAACAAAUUAGAGAUUAGAUAAUCUUCUGACACAAAUUCCAAUUUAACCUAAUAAUAGCAAUAAUAACUUUAAGAGUAACCUGAUCCAAUCCUGUAAGAAUAUGAUAAGAAAGUGCUUAUUUAAGUGUAAAAAGUAGGAUCAACAAACAAUUCAGUAUUGAAUCUUGGUUUAAAAAAGAAAAAUCCAACUUAAUGCAAUAUAUAUCAAUAUAAUCAAUUAUCUAAUUAAAACAUUUUAGAAUUGAUGAAAACAGAUGUAUUAGUAUUUGAGAAUCCUUAAAAAAUAUUAAAAGAUAAUGUUAGAGUUUGCUUAAUCAUACAUGACAAAUGUAGAUAUUACUUUAAUUAUGAAAAAUUAUAAUCCAUUAUUGAAAAAACUACUCCAACUCAAAAAAUUAAUUAUGAAAAAUUACUAUUAGAUACAAAUAGGUUUUAAGCUUAUGAUGAAUAAAAAACAUAAGACAUUGAUUUAUUACUUGCUGAAAAGUAAUAGCCAACCUUAAGGAUUGUCGAAGAAAAAAAAACAUUCCAAAAAAUAGGGUUUUUGAAAGAAUAAACAAAGGUAAGUUAAUUUCAAAAAGAUAUGAGAGAUUCUAAAGACCUAAAAAAGUAACCUGGAGACCCUUAAAAAUUGAAUACAUAUAGUUCUUUUAGAAAAUAAACUGCAAGGAACUUAUUUCAAUCUAAUACUUAAGUCUAACAAAUAAAAGAGUCUAAUUAACAAUCGACAUUAAUACAACAAUAAUAAUCUAACAUAAUAAUUUCAUAUAAGAAUUCGCCGAAAUUGUAAAGAUAAAGAAGUAGUAAUCAUCUUUCCUAAAGUCAAUUGAAUCCAAAUGUCAGAUCUUAGGGAGGAUCAUUAAAAAACAUUACUCCGACUUAAUAAGAUUUGAGUAAUGAUUAAAUCAUAGGAGAUGUAUUUAAUGAAUAAGAUUUUAUUAAUAAAUUAUUGAAUAAGUCUGAUGUAAUAUCGAAUGAAAUUUUAAUUGUUUUACUGCUUUGUAAUAAUAUUGAGAGUGUUUAUGAUAAGAAAGAAAAGAAGAUUUAAAAUAUAUAUUAUAAUUCAUUUGAUGAAUCAAUUUUAGAAUUUGUGAAGAUAUUUGAUUAUAAAUUUAUUUCAAGUGCUACAAUUGAUAAUUUUCAAGUAGAAUAUAAAUAAGAUCAAAAUAGUCCAAAAGGCUGUCUCUAUUUUAAGGAGUUAUUAAGAUUUUUGAUAUUAUAGCCUUUUUGUUGCCAACCCCAAAAUCGAUAAAAUACUCUCUCUAUACCUGGUUAAGAAUCUGAAACCUUUGUAUUAUAAGGAAGGAGCUUUUUUAUUCCCCAGAACAGAAAUAUGGUGACACGAAUUAUAUGGCCAAAGAUUCCCCUUAAUUAAUGA